AUGGCCUUGUGCUUUGAUUGCGGGAUGCUAUUUGGUAUCGAGGGUCUCAGAUACGGCGACAUCCUGCUGAAAGAAGAUCUCGCUGAGCUCAUUGCGUCUGCCGAGGAUGGCUGUCAAUUUUGUCAGAUGUGUUGGGCUUCAUUCCAAGAGCAGUGUGAACAAGAGAUGAUCGAAAAUCAUCUACGGCUCCUGCCUGAUGAGCUUCUGCGAGACAGUGACGUAAAAGUCCAUGUCAGCAUGCGGUUGGAUGAAUUGCGAUACAACGACGACAAGGAACUUUGUGAUUCAAGGACGUUCUCCAACUGUCGACUGGCCAUCAGCACUGGUCCGAUCAAUGCUGCCCCGGAUGAUUACACGUUGCAAUUGAAACUCGAGGCCGAACUGAGCGUUUUUGCGGAUCCAGGCACGCUUGCCGGGGAGUUCAUACGGGGCAGACACUUCACAUUGCCGGCGGAUCUUGCUCAUGCUAUAUCCUGGAUCAGAAAAUGCCUUUUGGAAUGCAAUGCUUGUCACAAAGAUUGUGCACCAGUUGAACAUCGCGAAAUGCCCACCCGUGUAAUCGAUCUUGGGCAUACCGGACAGCAGACACCGUAUAUACUUGAGACCAAGGGUCGCCUUGGCAAAUACCUGGCAUUGUCUUACUGUUGGGGCGACGGUGUCAAACAUCAGGUUAAGCUCAAAAAGGCAACCUAUACUGCAAUGCUGCAGGGUUUUGACGAGAGUCCUCUGACCACGAGCCACAAGGAGGCACUCCAGAUUGCCCGAGAACUGGGAUUCCAAUUCGUCUGGAUCGACGCUCUUUGCAUCAUCCAGGACGACGCAGCCGAUUGGGAGAACGAGAGCUCAAGAAUGACGGAAUGCUAUCUGAAUGCGAACUUGACCUUGGUGGCAGGACGGUCUGCCAACAGUUCCAGAGGAUUCAUUGGGACCACUUCCACGCCUUCCAUGGAGCCUUUGCGGUUCGAAUAUACUCAUGAAAUGCACCCGGGGCAAAAGAGUUACUGGUGCAUUUGCUUGCCUAGAAAUAUCGACACAGGGCCGGUAGAGGAGAGGGCGUGGUGUUUCCAGGAAGAUAUCUUGAGUCGACGCAGCCUAAUAUUUGGGGUAGACCAACUGUUUAUUCGAUGCCAGGAAAGACUCUACCAUGAGGCCGGUAUCGUCGUCAAUCACAGCAUACACGAGGUUGAUGGUGAAGAUCUUAUGGAUCUGACCACAUUUGCCAGUAAAUGCAACGAUCCAGAAAUGGCGAGGGAGAAGAUGCUGCUGCAAUGGUAUCGGAUUGUUGGACAAUAUACGGCACGGACUAUGUUCGAGCCACAUGACGUGUUUGCAGCUUUGAUGGGUCUGGCAAAAGUGGUACAGAGGGCGCUUCGUUGCCAGUAUCUCGCAGGGUUGUGGGAGGACGAUCUGGUUCGCGGAUUACUGUGGCAAGGCCGGGGUGAUAUGUUUCCGGGCGCGGGAUUCACUCCACUACGAAGGCCUGCGGAACGGAACACGAAGAAGCCAGAACGGCUGGGCUUGCCUGCCAUCAGAGCGCCGUCAUGGUCAUGGGCAUCAGUGGAAGGAGGUGUCACCCAUUCGCCGUUCCAUACGCAGGAGAACGACAAGAGAAGAUUCGACGAGGAGAAUAUCUGUGUGCGCCCCCUAUACGGCAAUCCCCCAAGAUGGUCUCCUCGGUCUAAUUGUGAGGUCGACAAAGCAUUCAUGCCGAAUUGUGAGUUGGAAAUGCUGGGCGUUCCCAAACUGGCGAACUGUGGCACAAGACCCGUGCCGGACCAAGCUGGAAAAGACGCUCCUUGGAGGUUCGCCGGUGCCAGAGUUGGAGAGUUCGCGACGCUGACUGACGUCCGACACCCAGACAAUAUCGUAGGAAUGGGCUUGUUUGAUGUCAAGCAAGAGCAAACGGAUUUGUUAUGGUGCAUGCGCCUGAUCAGAGACCGUGGACUGAUGCUCCGCCGAGAUCAAUAUGGAAAAUUUCACAGAUUGGGCAAAUUCGUCGUGGUGGAUCAGGCCUUCUUUGAAGACGAACCGGCAAUGAAAGUAGCACUGGUGUAGGGGAGGAAGAGGUUGAGCACUCGUGACAAUGUGCUUGACUCUGCAGGGACUGUGCGCGGUCGAUAUCUGCCUCGGAGAGUCUCUGCCUACUUCCUCU